AUGGCGUCUCCCAUUACUGUGCGGAAGACAAACAGAACGAUUGUACGCAAAGAGAUAUUCACACCCAGUAGAAAUGAAACAUCGAUGAAAUAUAAACUUAAUGAAAGAACAGCAUUACUUAAAAAGAUAGAUGCUGCGAAAAGAGAUUUUGAUGUUGAAAUCGAACUUAAAAGAGGUACUUUGGUGAUGUCGUUUACACCAGCUGCAUAUGAAGUAUAUAAAAGGGCUAUAAUCAAAUAUUAUGAUGAACAUCAGAAUAAAACAUACAUUAAAACUGUCAAAUCUAGUAAAACUAGCAAUAAGACAAUUGGAAAAGCAAUAGUAGAGGAAUCGUUUUCAAUUAGACCGAAAGAAAAUAUGAAUAUUAAAUGUAGACAAUGGUAUAGAAUCAACAUGUUCAAUACUACUAGUAGAAUGGAUAUCAAUGGGCGUCAAUACCAGCAAUUUAUUUGUGAAGACCUCCCAGAAAUCAUAAAGACUAUAGAUAUGGCAAAUGUGAAACAAAUCAAUGAAAAGAUAAUAGAAAUAUGCGAGCUUGUACUUUCAAAUCAGGCAGUGACUGAAUAUAGUAGUAAGAACCAUAAUACAGAAGAUAAUGAUUUAAAAUGUGAAAACCCAAACAAGUUACAAAUAAUAGGUAGAAGAAAGAACAUUACUACGCCUGAAAUUGAAACUAAUAAAACACAAAGUGAACAAGAAAAUAUUGACCCACAAAUUAAUCAUAUCAAAUGUCCAGCAUGUUUUUAUGAUGUCAACAAUGAGGACUCUGUUGAAUGUACAAAAUGUUGUAUGUGGUUACAUAAAGAAUGCAGUAAUCUAACUGAAGAAGAAUUUGAAAAACAAUCUGAAGACACCAACCUGACAUAUACUUGCCCAUUGUGUGAAAACUUAGAAGAUAUAUUUAUAAAUGAGAGUUUUAUACAGUUUGAACUAGAGAACGACCGAGAGGGAACAAACACACCUCUAAAUAUAACAUUCAAUAUUGAAGAAGAAGAAGAAGAAGAAAAUGUGCACAUAGCUAUAAACAAUAGCAAUCAACAACAAGAAAAUGAAUCAAAAACAGAAGUACAUGUAUCCUAUAAUCAACGAGACAAUCAAGAACAACUGGUAAAUGAUAUAAAUGAAGAGGAAACUAAAGUGAAAACAGUGGUGCCAGAUGAACUAAAUGAAAACUUACCCACUCACGUAAGCGACCAUCUUUCUCAUAGCCCGAUAAACCUUAAACCGAGGCCAAAAAAAGGGAAAAAGAAAGAAACUAUAGAAUUAGAACAACAACUCACAGCUAGCAGAGCAAGAAUUAUCAUGCUAGAGGAGCAAAACAGGGACUAUGAAAAUACAAUCAGCCUCAUUCACUGUAAAUGGAAACAACAAACAACAGGCAAAGAAAAAGAUGAAAUUCAUCAAUGGCAAAAUUCUGCCUUACAGGACAUAAAAACUAAAGUGCAAAUGCUAGAAGAAUCAAUAUCAGCCAAGUUUACAACAAUGAAUAUGGAAUUCCAGCACAAAUUAGACAUUCAUGAGAUAAAACUAAAGCAUGAACUUGAGAUCAGAGAUCUAAAAACUGAAAUAAACAUGAUGAAACUUCAUGAUAAUAGACCGAACUAUGAACAACAUGAGAGUAAAUGUGCAUGUAAAAAUAACAAUGAAAAAUUAGUGAACAAUUCUCAGCCAAGCUUACAAAAUCAUAAAUCGUUGAUAACUGAGCACAAGACAGAACCACUAAUAAAUCAACAAAGAUAUGUACAAAAUAUAGAAAAUACUCAAAACAAGAACCAACAUUAUAUGAUGAAUCAGCCACAAAUGCCUGCUGCAGGACAAAAUCAGUUGGGACCUAUAUUAACAAAGGUAUUUCCAUUUCAACAUUCACAUGUACCCAUGCAAGGUCAAUAUCAAUUGAGACCAAUAUUGACACAGAGAUUUCCAGGGCCAUAUCAACAACCACAAGAAAUACGUAAUAUUCAAGGACAAAAUCUCAUGCACCAAGUGAAUUCUUAUAGAAUGAACAAUCAACAUAGUAGUAUACAGCAAGCAAAUAUGCCUAUGGUAAAUCACUUUGGAAAUGUGCGACAAAAUGACCACCAAAAAUACCAUCAGCAAAAUAAACGAGAUUUCCACCAGAUACCAACAUUUUUAAAUCAACGCAAGGUGAAAGCACCAGAAAGUAUGACACGGCCAAAUUUAGAGAAAUUUAAAACGCAACAACCACGAGUUAUUCCGACAGGAAAAUAUCCAAGAGAACUUCUUAAAAACAAUACACACAAGUUGAAAUCAAACUGUGAUAGACCCAAACAGAAACAUUCAGACUCAAGUGAAAGUGAGCAAAACACUAACAUUCAAAGUGUAAAAGUAACUGAAAAUAAUGCAAACUCAGGAAAUCAAGAACAAAGAGAUUCUACUUCUUUUUUAGAGCACGGCCGAGCCUCAACCUCGAAUCAUCCGCAAAAAAGGAAAUCACUAUAG